AUAAGAGUUUCAGUUUGGUUUAGGUAAUCUGGUACUUUAUUCUAGUGAAAAACUGCUUUCUUUUGACAAUGCUGCUUGUUCUGUUUCAAUAUGGCUUCAUAAAAUAAAUUUACAUUUGGUCCAUGGAUCCAUCAGUGCUGCAUCUAACACUAAGGAUGUUGGUGCUUGUCUCCCACAAGAAGCCGCUGUUUGUCUGAGGACCAGGACCUCUGUAAAGAGACAGUAAGAGUUGCUUCUACCGGGUUAGCAGCUCUCAGUUUUGGGGAGCAAAUCCUGGAAAGGAGAAUGAGAUGUGGCCUCCUCCAUGUGAGCCACCAGGGCUCAGGAAGCCGCACUGGUGGGUUGUCUGGAGCAUGCUGGGCUGGGUGGGCUCUGACCUGUGCCUGUCUUGGAGAGGGGAGGAGUGUCACCCGUGUCGGGGAAAGGGAGUUUGAACUGGGCAAUGCUGGCUCAGCGUGGGGCAUUUCAUGGCUGCCUGCUGAAGAAGUAACAGCUUGUGUUCCUCCUUUCUCCUCCAACCCUGCAUGGCACCGUUCUCCUUCAUCACGAUGUUCUGUGUGAUGAGGGCUUGAAAGGGAAGAGGAAAAAAGGUUGCUGGGCAAGUAUGUCUGACCCAGGGCAGGGAAGAAGCUUAAGAAUGGUUGUACUGAGCUAAAUUAUGUAGCAAAAUAGAAGAUCCUUUCUGUUUGGUCAAAGUAUCACCUUCUUUUUUUGAUUUUUAGACUGGCAAAAAGAGUAAAUUUUGCUAUUCUGUGCUGUUAAAAUAUCCAGAACAAUUUGUCAGCACCAGAUCCAUGCCUAGCUUUCUAUGCUAAAGCUGCUAAAUUCCUCACAGUUCUCUUGUAUUAUUCUUCCCCAGACAGGAAGACUAAUUGUUUGUUUGUUUGUUUGAAAUCUUUCCUGUGAUUAGAUUUGUCUUGGCUUAGCCCUCUUCUGAACAUUUAACCUGACUUCUAAGCCUCCAAAUAUUGUCAAAAACGCGUGUUGUAGCAACCAGAGCAGGUAAGGUAAAUCCAAGCACCGUGAUAGAUAUACUUUGUGUAAGUUUUAUGUGGAAUUUAAGCAUAUUUUUGUGUAGGUUUUAUGUGGAAUUUAAGCAUAUUUUUGGAGUCAACUAACACUGGGGCUUUUUGUUUUUCUUGAAGCCCUAUUCCACCUCUGGGGAAGAUAAUUUUUAUUUUAUUGUUUAUGUAAGAUGUGUACAAAAUUUAAGAAAUGCAUGUGGACUUAUGGAGAGUUGGAUAAGAUAUUCAAAGACUGUCAGAAUGGAUUUCCUGCAUUUGAAAUUGUGCUCUUUAGUUAGUACAUUAAAUACAUUAAAAACUUAGGUGAUCUCUAUUAUCCCUUUUUAGGAACAGUUACACAGUUUAGUGGACAAGCAUGUGGAAAUCACUGCAACUUUUUUCAAGAUGGUUCUUCUUUGGAAGAGAAGAUGUCUGCUUUGAAAUUUCUGUAGUAUCUCUUUGUUAAAGGAGAAUUCCUAGUAAGAGAUACUAUUCUGUCUGCAAUAAUAAUGCUUCUUAUUGGACAUAGAGAAUCAAAUCUCUGCAUAUAGUCUGUUUAGGAUUAUCUAUUGUAAAGCACUGGCCUCUUUGAAACAAGUAACCAGUCUUGCACUAUCUGCAUUAGUGAAAAUAAAUAAGAGGCAGCAGGAUUUUGACUUGCACUUACACAACCAGCAACUGGAAAAAUGCCAGGUUCUAAAAGUAACUUGAUGUCUUUACAUGAGGAUGUUAUAAAUGAUACUUCAGACUUGAGUGAAAUGAAAAUUUCAGAUGAAAAAGGAUCUGUAGAAAAAAGAACAAUGACUCUGAUUGAGAAGAAUGGCUAUUCCGACUCUGUAUACAUAAACGCAGCUAAGAUUUUUCAAGGCAUUCAUACUGAAAAGUGUAAGGAAAGAAUAUUGGUGCGGUAUGGUGAUGACUCAGUAUUUCCCAUGCUGACUUUUAAAGAUGAGUAUUCUCAGUAUGUAUCUUAUGAACUGGCUUUCAGUGCUCUAAAAUAUCAAGAUCUUCUUGAAGAAAUAUUAUUAGAUAGUUGUGUUUACCCAUGCCAGUCCAUACCAGAUGAAUUAACCAGCUUGCUUGUUGUGAUGUUUUAUGAUCUACAAGACCGAAAGUUUCAAGCACGAGACAUAUUUGGCGAAGAGGAACCUGUAGCAGAAGUUCGGAAAAUAGAGCGUUAUCUACACAGUUUUAAGACCAAACUGGCAGCUACACUAGCAAGGUGGCGCAUCAAACAUAAUGCUCUUUCAAUUGAAUACAUUCUGCCAGAAACCAUACGGAAGCAGGAACAAAGGGCUUCUGCUUUACCUUUAUGUGUUUGGAUAAACACAUUUAAAAUCAGCCUUCAAGACGUUUUCAGCGAUUUGAAGAAGAAGGGAUUCUCAAGAGUUGAAUCUGUGUCAGACUUCGACUGUUAUACGUACUGUAUGGACCAACAUUGCCAUGAUGUCUUGUUUUUUCCUCCUGCUCUUAAAGAACAGCUGCUUAAUUCAGAUCUUUUUGCAGAUUGCAAACUCUUACUGCAGGAUAAGUCUCGCAGCCUUGCUGUACACUCUGCACAGGCACUGCUCAAUACGGGUGAUGACAUUAUAGUGGCUCAUGUAGGUUCCCAUCUGACCAUUGCCCAUUUGUCAGCGCUGACAGUUCACACCAUGUCCAGAAUUUUUGUUUGCGGUGUAAAAUCUUCAUCAGAAGCAGAUGAACUGAGGAACUUAUUCAAUCACAUGGGAUGUAAAAAUGCAGGAUUGCUAAGAGACCUUUUCCAAGGAUCUGUACCUGAGGAUAAACUCAGUAUUCUUGCUGAGAGGCAGCUUAAGGAGUUGAUGCAUGCAAUGAAGUUUAACAAAGUACAAGCUAUUGUUUACUGCACUUGUUCGGUUUACCCAGAAGAAAAUGAACUAGUAGUGAAAAAAGCACUGGAAUCUGGAGUGGAAGGAAAUAAAGUACAACCAUAUAGGCUUAUUCCCCCUGUUUUUUCUACUUGCUCCAAUUCAGAGUCUUCCACGGAAACUUUUUUCAAAAUGGAGCCAUCAGAAAUUUCCGGUAGCUGUUUUCUAGCUGUUCUAGGAAGAGAGAAAGAUUCUGCUGAAAACGUGCCCGUUAAAGACAUUUUGGCUCGUGCCGCAGCAAAAGGACUACUAGGUGGCAUUGUUCUGGAAAAAUCAAAUGAGGAGGCGAAAAAUCAGAGAGUGACACAAGCAACACAACGUGGACGUAAGACUACUGGUGGUGGUGCAGAGGCGAGGACAGCAGGGUUCCUUCACCAUCAACCCGUACCUAAUGUUGAGGCUGAAGUUUCCGUGUGUAAAGCGCAGGCAAAGAACGUGAACCGCACGAACGGCUGCGUUCAGCCGAGGAAAACUAUCGACCCCGCCGCGGGCCGAGCUCCGCCUCGGGCGCGGAAGCACACGCCUCACUUGUCACCCGUGGCCAAGGCCCACGAACGCCAGACCCGCCCUAGAAAGGCAGGUGCAGAAAGGAAGAGGCUUGUAUUGAAGCCCGUGGAGAUUGUUUUGCCUCCAGGGAUCACGCCAUACGGCAGAUCGCAAAGAAACAAACCCAGGACGUCAGCCCUUCGCUGCGUCCGUGGCUGGACGGGGAGGAUGUUUCCAGCACCCCUGUCCAAAGCGGUCAGGCCAGCGGGGCUGAGCUCUCCUCGACCACGGCUGUAAGAAUCUUCCAACUCUGCCCUACCUUCACACAGAAGGUAAAGAUUCCCGUAUGUAUUCAUCAGUGCACUUAGAUUACAGUAGACCUUUAGGCAGGAUAAUCUUGCUGUGGGAAAGAGAUACAUUAUGGGAUAUUUGCAUAGAAAUAUAUCCGUAUUAGUCAUUUUUAAAGCAGUAAUCACACUUUAAAGUGAACGCAGCCCAGCUGCAUGAGGUGGAUAGACCACUGAGGGCAGUGAGGUCAAAAAAACUACAGCUUCUUGCUGUACACUUUAACGUGACAAGUUAAAGCAUACACUCCUCCCGCCUCACCCACGACCUGCACCGAUCUGGAGGAAUACUCAAUUUCAAACCGAUUUUUUUAAAAAGUGAGACUGCAUUUUUUUAAGUGGCCAUUUCUCUUUGCAAGUGCUAGAUACCAUGUAGAUUGUGACACACGGCAAGUAAGCCUUGCAGAGCAAGCCAGCUAGCUCACCUUUAUUUCUAAAACUAGAUGUGAACUUUUGUACAGGCAACUGGCCAAGUACACUAAAGCCCAUGCAUAGGCUUUCGAGCACUUCCUCCCCUGGUUUCUACUCAGGUAUGCUUCAAAAUAUUCACAGUGAAAACCAGAUAAAAUGUUCUCAUGCUGAAAACGCUGAAUUGUCAUCAUAAUGUCAUGUUAGACUGUGUCAUGGCUUAUAACUGCUUUUCACCAACUUCUGUAACACAAGCAGUUCUUAAUUGAAAAGACUUGCUGCUGUCAAAGUUAUUUUUAUAAAUGUUACUGCUAGUCAGCUGAAUAAUGACUGAACACAGAGUAGUUUGUCUUUGGGAACAGCUGUGGGCUUGUAACCCGUUCCCUCUUGCUAGCAAAUACAAAAUAAAGUAACUGUAAAAUAGCUACAAUUGUUUUAUAAUCUGAGCAGAGGAUAAAAGUAACAGAGAUACUUUUAACAAUAAUCUGAGUUAGUAUUAAAACGGGGACAGUAUAAAGAAGGAAAACGACAAACAAUGACAGCAAGAGAAACCUUAAGGAUUGUAUUUAGAUUAGAAGUGUAGAAAUGAAACAAAGAAAGCAUAGCCCUAUAGAAGGGCAAAGGUAGCUGUGGCCCAGAAGAGAAAUUUUCCUCAAGGCAAUCAUUUAAGAUACUUGGCAAGAGUGUUGCCAAUAGUGUCAACAAUAUAGGAUGGAAUCUUAACCUAUGGGACACGUGAGUCUGGAUGUAGAUACAAACAGAGGAAAUGUUUUAACAGCUCUGUUUUUUGCCUCACCCACACCGGUCACCGGUCGAUGGAUCAGCCCUACCUUUAGAAGAAAGGCUGUGAAGGAUUCUACACCAGCAGCAUGGACAGCUGGCUCUUGUGCAUCAGAUAAAUACCUUUGUCUCACUGAAGCUGUGAAAAUUUCUUUUAGAAUUUUAAUCUGGGUCAGGUGUCCUAUUCAAAGGCAUCACUCACCUACUGCAUAGCCUCAUGAAUAACCCGUGCUCCUUACCUGUUCCAACAAAAGGAUGAACUCUACUCUUGUUUCUGAACAAACUUGUAAGGACAGAUCUAGAACUGUGCCCACGCAAUGUAUAGAACAGGAAAAAAAAAAAAUCCCUAUUUUAUUUCAAAACCAUCUUGGAGGAGGAAAGAUUCUACAUGUUAGAUAAAAGGAAUGGAGAGUAAGGAGAUUUCUUUUUUUUUUUUUUUCAGUAUGGUUGUUAAAUGCUUAAACUUAGAGAUGCUGCAGUUGGAGAACUAAACUCAAUUUUUUUAAACUGAAAUUUGUAUAAUUAAUUAUUAAAUGUAAUUAAAAUUACUUGUAAAAGAACAUGUAUGUGGCUGAUGAUAGAAUUUCUGAGCUACUUAUGUAAUAUGCGUCAUGGAUGUCCCACUGUCGGCCUCAUCUUGCUUUCAGGAGUUUGUGUCUUUGAAAUAUUCUGGAGGCUAAACCAGUUAGAAUCUUGAUGUCUUUCCGAGAAUAUCAAAGAGCUGGUAGUGAAGAAUUUGAUUCUGCAGGUCAGAACUUUGUAAGCACCGAACAUCCCAUGGUGGCAACGUCGGGGACUGACUUCAGAGGGCUCAUGGGUAGGAGCCUAUGCUCAGUUAGACACUUGACUUUUUACAGUAAAGCUGUAUCUUAUGUGACUAAUUUUGUGUAUUCCAGUUAUGUAUCUGUAAUUUGCAACUAGAAAGUGUUGAGUCAGUUUUCCAGAUACAGAAGUGCCCGUUGUACUGCUACCGCCUCUAAACCACCAGUAUGUUUUUCCCUCCCCUCAACCACAAUUUGGAACGAAAAGAAGUAAUUUCCCAGUUUCAUGGACCAGUAACAAUUGAGACAAUCGUUUUAUGCAGCUAAAUUUAUUCUCAGAACAGAUUACAUUUAAAUGUGGAGAAGUGGUCAACAGCAGGGAAAAUUGUCCUUUUCGGUGUCAAUCAGGUGCUUUAUGUAAGACUUGAACUCUGCUAAUAAACAGGGGGGGUGUUUCCUUCUUUCCUACCUGCUUUCGCUGACUGUACAGCACAAGUUUUAGCAAUGUAUUAAUUAACCUGCCCAAGAGAGGAGCAAUGGGCUUAAUGGUAAUGCUGAAAGGCUGAGCCCACAGUAGCUGUUGAAAUAAUAAAGGUCUUUUUUCCCACGGGUGAUCUACUAACAAUCUUAGGUCCCUACUUAAAUGGUCUAUGAAAUGCUUGAUAAAAUGAAAAGAAAGGGAUGUAGAACUCUUAGUGACACAGACCUGGUGUAAGCUAAUAGAUGCUCCACAGUUUUUGUUCCUCUGUCACGAAAGGGCAUGUUGGUUCAGUGGGUACAGGUGACUCUGCACACAAAGUAUGUGACUACGAACUCAUUUUGCUGUGAAUGGAUUCUGUGCCCUUCCAGGCAAUUUUUCUUACUCCUGUUUAACUACCCUGUAGCCUUGUAUCUCCCACACUCCCUUCCUCCCCUUCAAAUGAAAUUGUAAGUGGCUUAAAUAAACCUACAGCCAGCACUGCAGAUUUCAAAAGAAAGGCUUUUAUCUCUUAGUCGUUGACGGUGAAUAUAAAUCGCCUUGCUUCUGCAAGGGAGCGUAUUACUGACAUGACUGACAUGUGAUACUUACCUCUAAGUUACUACUUGCAUUGAAAAAAAUUAAGAAAUUAGCUUUGCUUUUACAUGAUUUUUCUACAGACUUCAGUAAAAACGUGACUACAAAUAAUUACAAAGCCUGCCUUCUUUUAGGCAACCUAUAGUAUACAGAGUGGAGAAUGUUACAAGAGCACAUCCAGUAAAGACAAUACAUCAACAUAAUAAUGCAGGAUAUUUCAGUAAAAAUAGAAUAAAUAAAAUAAAAA